UAGUUCUGCAGAUGAUUCUCAGUGACUUCAGUGUUUCCUAAAAGGCUGAAAAAUGUCCACAAGUAAACCCACCGAGAAAUUAAAGCAGACUCGCGGGCUCAAAGGUCUUUUUGUCCGUACUGGUGAACGCCUUAGCAAACCCCGACAAAGAACCCAGUCCGAAUCAGAUACAUCAAAAGCCCUUCAGAGGCUGGAAUUAGAAGACAUUGAUCUAGAAUCUUUCGAGGAGGAUGAUGAUUGCUUUGAGAAAUACCACAAUAUGUUACCUCGGAUUUGGCCUAACAGAUUCUUAUCGGAACCGCAUGGGAGAGUACGUUCCACGUCAGCGGGCGCUACAACUUUUUCUGUCAAUGCGACUUUACCAGAUGGAAAACAAACACUGGGUACAGCAAGUGGAAUUUAACAGUUUGUAAGAAAUACCGAGAUUGCAGGAAUGCAAGUUGGUAUGGUUCCUUUUUUAUUCACCGCACUGGAGUUUUACUGGACUCCUGACUGGGAAGGUCUUGCUUUUUCCUUCUCCCAGUGCAAGGUUAUUCUAAAUG